UUUCACGUGACCAGAUUUGGACAUCUGAAGGAAACCGAAGAAGAAGGGAAAAAAUUUGUGUAAAAAAAUCGCUAAAAUAUGGGGAUGGAAAUUAUUAAAAAGGAUAUUUCCUUAUUUCGAUCAGAGGAGAUGACACUGGCUCAGUUAUUUCUUCAAUCUGAAGCAGCGUAUGCUUGUGUGAGCGCCCUUGGAGAAUUGGUAAGAAUUUUGUAUCGCAAAUAUAAAGUUUCGCAUCACCAGUUGCCCGCCAUGUUUGAUAAUAUUUUUGAUAUUUUAAUAAAAUAUCCAUUUGCUUUUUAUGUUUAGGGUUUGGUACAGUUCAAGGACGUAAGUAUCUUUAAAAUAAUACCUUUUUAUAUGCCCUGGAUAUUCAUAUGCUAGUGAAACCAACUGGUGAAACAUGAACAUUACUUUCACAUUCUCAAUAAAAACCUGAGCCAGAAGGCCGAGAAGGGGAAAGCCUAGGUUACGUCUGAGCAGUGAUGUAUCUGGCCGCAGUUUUCAACUACCUUUCACGAAAUCUUGAUCAAAUACAAUCAUGUUUGCAGGUUCUCAAUCAGUGGCAGACACUUCACAAAAUUUUUAGGGGGCUUGUGCGCAAAAUUUUCAACAUUUCUGUGUCUGCGGUGUCCGUUUAAAGGUUCCAUUGCGGUCACUUUGCCCGCACGGGCAGAGCGACCAAUUUUAAUCACAUGACAAGUCAGUCUACUUUCACGCUGUGUCCGCGAGCAUUCAGGUGGACAAAAAAUGCACAGGAUAGACAAUUACAGAGAAAGUUGAGUACUGUUCACUCCGCUUGUUCGGGCAAAGCGACUGCAAUGGAAAAUUGCCUUAAGACUCUAUGAUAUGCAAAUCUUUCAGAACGUGGGUCACUUGAUUUUGUUUUACAUGUUAUGUUUUUUGUGUCGUCUGAGUUUGAAUUAUAAUAUUUAUAACAGAAUUAAAUGAAUUAUAAUGACCUUUUCAAAUCAAUUUUUGAUAAUCUAAUAUAGCGUAUUUGCAUUUUGUAUUUUUUUCCUACUUAUAACUUACUAUUUGUGCUAUUUGUGUCAUGAAUGAAUACACAGUUCUACUGAUAGGAUGUUAGACUCUAGCAGACAAUUACAUUAUAUCAUUCUAAUUAAUUUUUGCGUCAUCAUUUAGCUAUACCAUAUGAAGUAAUUUUAUGAAGUAACACAAAGUGCUUGCCUUUGAUGGUGACCUCAUCUUAGUUUAUGAUCAUGAUAAUUUUCGUCUGAAAGGAGCUCACGUUUUGUUAUAUACUAUCCAAACAUUUAACAAAGAUUAUCGUUUAAAAUUUAUAUUUUAAAAGCAAGAAACCUUUCCCUUGACAUUUCCGUGGUAAGGAGGAAAGAUUUUGGUUGAUUUUUCAAGAAACAACCGGCAGUUGUCUAUGCUACUGUAUAUGUGGUGAAAUUCACCGGGUACAGGUUUCUACUGGGAACCUGUGCAGGGUCUUAGCCAGCCUACCGUCCAGCCGUCUUUUGAACAGCCAUUUUCAAAUUUGGACAGCCUUCUAAAAAAGACUGCUUUUGGAUGGUAAACAUAAACAUGGCUCACUUGCAAGCUGACAAACCAAAGAUUCCUGGCCUAGCUGCAAAAAACUGUAGAAUAUAACUAUAUAAGAUAAUUAGUUGCUUUUUGUUUUUUUUUGGUUGUGUUCUUCACUCACACUAUAUCGGCUCAACUUUUAUUGCGGCAAUCGCGGCAAUUGCCGUAGAGGGAGAGCAAAGUGCCGUGGAUCAUUGCGGCAACGACGGCAAUUUUUUCCAUAUAGUGCAAUUUUUAUACUAUUCACUGUGCAUUACUACUUUGAUAUUUGAAUUCAGAUGUUGAUCAAAUCAUGCGUAAAUCACUAUUUUAGUCUCAGUUUUCUUCGAAAAAAAAACACUAAAUGAGAAAUAGGUAGACAUGAUUUUAGCUUGUCAAAAAUCCAAAGUAACAAUAAAAUUAAAGUUUUAUUACAGUAAUUUGAAAAAUGCCGUGGAAACUGCCAAAAUUGCCGAAGACAGCUGUUAUGUUCUACGGCAAUUUUUAACGCCAUUGCCGUCGGUUGAUUUCAGGGAAAUUCGAGGCCUGCACUAUAAAGCUUAUCAAAGCUACAAGUACUGUAUUUAUAGCAUGAAAGUGACAACAUAAUAUCAGUCAUAAGAUUAAUAUAUUGGCAGAUUGACUUAAACUGUACUACUGUAGUCAGUGUAGUGAGUAGUCACAUAGUCUGAAUAAUUGAAUAUAUUAUUAGUUUUUUGAGCGAUUCUCAAGUGCGGUCACCAAUUACUCCCAGCAUUUGGAAAUAAUCACAUUGAAUUACUGGUGCAUGAAGUGGUGCCAUGGUUCCAUAUGGCAAAAAUUGGGUGUCAUAAAUGAAAUUUCAAAUUUGGACACCCAAGUUGCAAAUCCUGGCUAAGACCCUGAACCUGUGUUUGUAUGUGUUAGAUGCUUUGUAUGCCAGAUGUCUCUAGAGCUGUCUUGGGUUUGCAUUAUUACAGAGUUGUGUACAUGUCAUUGUGUAAACCAAAAGUUAAGCUUCUGGAGUAGAAAACUAUCUAGAUUUUAAUGUUAAGGGAGUGUUGACAAGUUCUGUGAAGAGGGUUAGCACAGAAUCCAAGAUUGUUAAAUAUUUGGGAUGAAAAUGUUUUCUGGGUCGAUGUUGAAUAAUCUGUGAUUGGAAACAAGUCAGCAAAUUGCAUCCCUAAUUGCAUUUCUUAUAUUAGUAUUUAGUAUGUCUUCAUACCAUACCAUAAUGCAUUGCAGUUGUGUAUAUUGAGGACACUACUGUUUGACUAAAUUCAAGUAUUUGAUUUAGUGAUGUUUUCAUUUUAAAAUUUGCAAUUCACAUUCAUUUAGUUGAAUCCUGAUGUAAAUGCUUUCCAAAGAAAGUUUGUGAAUGAAGUUCGAAGAUGUGAUGAAAUGGAACGCAAACUGAGUAAGCCUGAAUGCUGCCAAGGACAAGCCUGCAUAUACAUUGUCAUUGUAUUCUUAUCAUUUAUAGAUCCAGUAGUGCUUGAAAUUUCCAGUAUCCUGAUCCUAGAUUUUAAUUAAGUUCGGUUUGAAAUGUGGAAGAUACGCAACCUUUGGUCAGAAUUACUGGCAGCAAAUGGCAAUUGCCGCUGCCAAUGCCUCAAUGGCAGCAAUUUUUUGCUGCCACAUCUGUUUCUCAUCCUUAGGUCGAAAUAGCGGCUGCCACUGGCCAAAAGCAGGCCAUAUUUUAGAAAUGGCAGGCAUUUUAACCCUUUAAAUGGCAAUGUACCCUGAUAUAUGCCCUACUUUAUUAUUUUACUCUGUCUAACGCCAGGUUAUUUACUCUGUCUAACGCCAGAUGAUUUUACUUGUCAGGGGGAAAGUGCUGCUGCUCAAUGGGUUAACCUAUUGAGCCGCAAUGCGCCCCAGUGCGCCCUACUUAUUUUUUUUACUUGUCUAAAGGUGGAUUUCCAGUCCUCGGAAGAAGCUCCUCGCAGCUCGCUGCGAGUGAUGCAUCAGCACUUUCAUCCAAUCACAAUGCUAAACAGUUAAUUUUAGAUAUAAGCACUUGCAGCGAGCUGCGAGGAGCUUCGUGCAAGGACUGGAAAACUGCCUUAACGCCAGACGAUUUUACUCGUCAAUGGGGAAGCUCUGCGGCUUAAUGGGUUUAGACUUAGAGGUGAGCCGAUCAUCGACAAAACCGAUUAAUCGGCUUGUUUUUUCACAAUCGGCCGAUUGUCAUUGGCCAUCGGCCGAUUGUCUUCCACCAUUUGUAUGGUCAGCGGUGUAAUAAAAAAAAAUAAAAUUCAAAUAUUUGGUAUGGAAACAAUUAUCGAAAUGAUAGUGGAAACGUGUUUCGUAACUUCCGUUGACCAGUCAGUAGCACGCUGUGUAUAUCAGGAUCAGUGUUAAAAAUGUCGCUUCCUGUUUCUGCAUGUUAUGAGUCUUUUGACGAGAGGAUACAUUAGUACAAAAAUUAAGAUGACCAUCAGUUUUGCCGAUUAAUCGGCCGAUGGUGGGUAAAUAUCGGCUGUUAACAAUCGGUAUCGGUAAUCAGCUUUUUUUAAACAUCGGCUCACCGCUCACCUCUAAAUGGGUUACCGGUAACCAAAAGUCUGACAAUGUCUCUAGUUAACCCAUUGAGCUGCAAUACACCCCAGUGUGCCAGACGAUUUUACUCGUCAAUGGGGAAGCUCUGUGGCUUAAUGGGUUUAAACAAAUUUGAACUGCCAAGUAAAAAAAUGCAGGUGAAAUUGUAUAGAUACAGUAUAUUCAUUUCAUUUGCUUACCACAACUCAUAUAUACUAGAUCCUAUGAGACAUUGCCAUUCUGCCAGUUCAAUGAAUAAAAAUGGCAGGCUAAAAUUUGUUUCACCUGCCAAAUAUUUUUAGACUGGCAGGCCGUAUUUUUUCUUUACUUAGAGCCCUGAAUAAGGCCAAGUAAAAAAAUUUAGUAGUUUCUUGUCCGAAUUUUUAAAAAAAAGGAGAAAGCGGGUGCUUUUUUUUGUUAAUUAAACCUUCAAAUAUUGCUCUUAAAGUUUACCAAAUAACCUAUAAACACACACAAAUAUUGAAGUUUACUCAUAAAACGUAAAUAAAUUAAAAUAGACAAACAACUACAAAUGCAACAUGGCACCAAAAUAACAAUAUGGCGCCAAAAUACUCAAUAUGGCGCGAACAGCGGGCGUGAAGUACUGAACAGCAAGCGAGAGUUGACAAAUUUCUAAACUGCAACCAAGCUAUGCCGAAAAGAAGCAAAAUGGCCAAAAUAUACUAAGUGGAAAUUCUUUGAAAGGCUCGAAUAUAAAACAUAAAAAAGAGAAUGAAAAUUCCAUGCGGCAGGGAAAAAGGAUGCGGGUGGGGACGAGAGGAGUGGCCUAACUUGAAUAAAUUAUCAGUCAAUUUUACAAGGCAUUUUUCUUUCAUUUCAAUAUUUUUGGAAAUCUCUUGUGUGUGUUUACUUUUUCACUUAAUUUUCACUUACAUGCAAAUUUGUUUUGUUUCCUCGUAUAGGAUUUCUUCAAAAGGAAAUUGUCAAGGCAGAUAUUCACAUUGGAACCUUUCAUGAAAGUCCACCUGCUCCCCAUCCCAGGGAAAUGAUUGAUCUUGAGGUAUAUAGUGUUAUGAUAUGAUAUUGUUUAUUUCAUUUAAUUAAACAGGGAUGUCUUUACUCUGUGUGUGUCUUAUCAAAUAAAAUGAAAUAGAGACAAAAUGAGAUGGUAACCAUCUGGGGUUGAAAUUUAAAAAUCUUUUUUAGUUGCACAAGUGAAUAAGAUCUGGUUAGCCAAAUUUAAUAUCAGGUCGCCCUAUUGACUAUAUCAAUGUGUAUUCAUGAAUAUAUUUUUGUAUAUACAGUAGUACAUAUUCAAUUAAUUACAAAAAAUUACAUGUGUAGUGAUUGAUCGAUUGUGCAGCAAUUGGAAAUUACCGAUUAUUUAUGUCACACUACUGUAAAUUGUCGUGGAACUGGAAGUUACCAAUUACCGAUUAUUCAUCUCACAAUCGUACCAAUGCCGAUUUUAUAAUGACGUCAUAAUAUCAGUCGACCGAGUAAAGGUGAUGUCAUUCAUGUCGAUUUUUAAUGAUAAUUUCCAAUCGUUAAACCUGUUAAUAAAUGGCACGCUUCACACAUUAAUUUAACAUACUGUGUUAGAACACAACAUGACGUGUAUCAACAUGCAAUGCAUAUAAUUUUUAAAGUGCGUAUUUUCUCCACAAUCGGUUUUAGACAAUCGGAAAUAAAGAUAAUUCUACCGAUUCCGAUUGUCUACCGAUAAGGCAAAAAUCGGCCCGAUACCGAUUAUCGGUCAAUCACUAUACAUUUGUUCAUAAAAAACCCCAGUUAGUACUGCAGGGUGUUAGCCAGGCGGCCGUCCGACUGUCCUAUGGACGGCCACUUCCGAAUUUGGACGGCUAAAUUUUAAUGGAGGGACAUGGACGGCCUAAGGGAAUAUGUUCUUUAAAUAGCAAUUUACAAGCUUUGUGAUAUCUCUUGAAUACUUUGAAUUGUUGUCAUCUGCUGUUUACCUUACUUAUGGUAUAUGUUUUCAUACUUGCCCCCUCGAAAACACAUUGAAUAUGCCUGAAUUGAAGUACCGACAAACGCGCCAUGUUUUUGUAACCAUGUUGAUGAUUCUCGCAUGAAGUAUGAAGGAGAAUAAUUUGAAACCGCCGUUUUAAAAAACAGCAAUCGCUUUAUCACUUGAGCGUCACACUGCUUUACAGUUACGGUAAAGAUGACUAAAAAAUGAGCCAAACGCAUAAAAAAAGGGAAAAAAUAUAGGCGAUUGAUAACUAAACACUACACUGCUGUAUUGUGUUCUUCGUUAUAGCAUAUACUGUAGCCUACAUCGUAGUGAUCAUAUGGUUCAUACCAUAUGUGUGCUUUUACUAAUUUAAUAACUGAAAUGUGCAUCUAAAACUAAAAGUAAAAAGGUUCAACGAAUAGAACACCACAAUUCCACAACAACAAAAAAUUGCGGUCACGCCCACAAAAUUAUUUUGGACGGCCACUUUUGAAAUCCUGGCUAACACCCUGGUUAGUAGUAGUGGUAAUCUUUAUUCAGUUAUUAAGGAAAACGUUUUCAUUACACAUACAGUGUAAUGUUUUCACAUACAAUGUAAUGUUUUAUAUGUUGACAAAUUAUGUGGAAAAGCAGAAUGAGAUAUUUUAAGGCUUUAAAAAGAAUCACUUUAUUAUGAUUUUAAGUUUUUUCUCAGUCGCCACAAGGAUAUCUGGUCUCCAGAUGAAAAAUCUUGCGCCCACUAAGUUCAACCCCCGUUGUAUCAUGAUGUGAAAUUGUGAAACAAGACUAGUGCCUUGGUGAUGUACCUCCUUCUGGUGAUUUUAUUUCUCAGGCUCAAUUUGAACAACUUGAAAAUGAGAUGAAAGACAGCAAUGUUAAUUUUGAAGCAAUGAAAAAGGGAUUGUUGGAGCUGAACGAGUUAAAACACAUCCUGCGAAAAACACAAGUGUUCUUUGAAGAGGUAAAAUCUGAUAAAAAAUGUUGUGUGUUUUUUGUUUGUUUACUUUAUAAUUAUCAACAAUUAAUGACAUACAGUACUGAUUAUAACAAUUGAUUAUGAUGAUUGAUAAUGUGAUGGAUAUUGUGUGCAUGAUGCCAUCAUGGCAUACAGGCUGAACUUCAUAUAUAUGAACCGCAGCAUGAAGGAAGAACUGAUGACUUGGCAAAUUUAAUUGAUGAGCAACAGGAGCAAGCUGGCUCGCAACUUGGGUUAGUUCUUUAAAUCUACUUUGCCUAAUAAUAGUAAUGUACAUAAAAAUGUUUCAAGAAUUUGAUUGCCAGUUUUUAUGGCAAUUAAUCCCAAACAGCAUGCAUUGCAAAAAUCCGUAAUCUUGUACUGUGCAAAAAUUUGCAAUCACAGUGCAAAAUUUGUAAUCACAGUGCAAAAUUUGCAAUCACAGUGCAAAAUUUGUAAUCACAGUGCAAAAUUUGUAAUCACAGUGCAAAAUUUGCAAUCACAGUGCAAAAUUUGUAAUCACAGUGCAAAAUUUGUAAUCACAGUGCAAAAUUUGCAAUCACAGUGCAAAAUUUGUAAUCACAGUGCAAAAUUUGUAAUCACAGUGCAAAAUUUGCAAUCACAGUGCAAAAUUUGUAAUCACAGUGCAAAAUUUGUAAUCACAGUGCAAAAUUUGCAAUCACAGUGCAAAAUUUGUAAUCACAGUGCAAAAUUUGUAAUCACAGUGCAAAAUUUGCAAUCACAGUGCAAAAUUUGUAAUCACAGUGCAAAAUUUGUAAUCACAGUGCAAAAUUUGCAAUCACAGUGCAAAAUUUGUAAUCACAGUGCAAAAUUUGUAAUCACAGUGCAAAAUUUGUAAUCACAGUGCAAAAUUUGUAAUCACAGUGCAAAAUUUGUAAUCACAGUGCAAAAUUUGUAAUCACAGUGCAAAAUUUGCAAUCACAGCGCAAAAUUUGUAAUCACAGUGCAAAAUUUGUAAUCACUGUGCAAAAUUUGUAAUCACAGUGCAAAAUUUGCAAUCACAGCGCAAAAUUUGUAAUCACUGUGCAAAAUUUGUAAUCACUGUCACUUAAAUGGUAUUUACUGCAUUCUGGGAAAGAUUUGACUUACAGAAAUGUCAUCGGUCUAACCACCCACACUUUUGCCUUACCUUUUUCAGUGGUGAGAUGGACUAACUGCAUAUGCCACCCGCAUUUCCAAGUAAUCUAGAUUUAAUUUUACCUUAGGUUUGUGACUGGGGUGAUUGAUCGGGAACGUGUGCCUGCAUUUGAACGGCUCCUGUGGAGAGCAUGUCGUGGCAAUGUUUUCUUCAAGCAAGCAGAAAUUGAUCAACCGAUGGAAGAUCCGGUUACUGGCUUCUUUAUCCACAAAUGUGUUUUUAUUGUGUUCUUUCAAGGAGAGCAACUUAAGACCAGAGUAAAGAAGAUUUGUGAUGGGUAAUUUAAAUUUCCAUAUGUUUAUAAUUAUGAAAGUAUUUAUUGCGACGAGCGAGCGAGCACCAUUGGGAGCAUCCUAAUCUGAGGAAUACCGCUGGAUAGGAUUAAGUCCGGCUCAAGAUUCACCAUUUCACCUCUGCUUUCAUUCCAUAUUUGGAACAUACUUCCAUAUAUGGAAAACGAUAGAUUGGAAUAUGAAAGUUUAUUCCAUAUUUGUAAGACUACUUAAUUGUAUUUAACGUUUGGUUUAUUGCUGCAUUAUAUUGCUUUAAAGUUUUAUGUAUUACCAAUUGUUAGUAUCUACUAACUGCUAUUGAAAACGUUAUGCGAUAGGACGCUUUAUUAAUUACUGUAUUAAGUUGACAUGGUUACUGUUAAAGUUACUGUUGGAUUUUGAAUGUUGACGUUUUUAUUUUAAAUAAAUCAAUACCGUCGUUGCUAGCAUCUGAGGAUGAACCCGUCACAUUAGACAUUGUCUGUUCUUGCACAGAACAUGCACUGUAUGCUUCCAGUUGAAGGCUUUUUUGUUGUUAACCUUAGGUAUUGUGUGUGAUUUAUGUCCCCAGGUCGCACUUUUGACCUGUGGUUACACCUAGUCAUUUAUAGCAUUCCUUUGCUUAGUUCGCAUUAUAUUGAACUUAAAUUUCAAUUUCAACUAACUGGGCUUAAUGGCCAUUUUGGCCUUAGUUUUAGACAAUUUUUUAUGAUAGCUAGCUCCAGUCUCUCCAACAAUGGUUUUGGAGUUCAUCUUUAACUCUAGAAUUCUCAAUUCAAAGCUUUUAAAGACAGCUAUAGUCUGCGCACAGACUGUCUCUUCCCCCCCGUGGUGGAGCGGGAUGCAGUCUGCGAGCAGACUAAGACAGCUAGUGCACGUUUUAACAUUUGUAUUUGGAGCUCCCCUUAGUCUAUCGAGGUAGUGUCGCUUCAUGUCUCCCUACCAGCCAGGGGGAGGCGUCUACAUCUUGUCAUUUUUCCCACCAGGUUUCGUGCUACUAUGUACCCAUGCCCUGAUACCAUUCAAGAAAGAAGAGAGAUGGCAGUGGGUGUAAUGACUAGAAUUGAAGAUCUCCAAACGGUAAGAAAACUCGUAUAUAUACUAGAGCUGUGCGGUUAACCCAAAGAUUCGGCCGGUAUACGGUUCUUUUUUAGCAACCGAAAGUCGGCGCCGGGCAUGCACAAAAGAACCGGUAGUUUCGCUUCCCGACGUGUCGCUACUUCGUGUCCGAAAAAUAACAAAAUGCAAACAAAGACAUUCUUUCUUUACAAUUAAAUCUAUCCCAUAUAGCAAUGCAGAUGAUUUUGUUUCAUUUAACUACUUAUAAGUAGUUUAUUUUCAUGUUAUAUUACACUUUAUUGAGCAAAUGUUUUGAAUUGUCCUUCUCUUAAAAAUACCGACACCGAACCGAGGUUCUUUCACCCACAAAAGACCGGAACCGAGAUGAAAUCUCUGGAACCGCACAGCGCCAUUGUAUACCUGCUUCAUCAUCAGGGCCGCCGAGAGGGGGGGGGGGGCAAAUUGCCCCGAGGCUCUGGGGGCCCCUAGAAAUUUAAUGUUAGAAAUUUAAUGGGCCCCAGUCAUUUUUUCGGGCGAAAUAUUUCUGUUUUUGGGCCAAAAUAUUUGUGUUUUGGGGGCAAUGAACCGAAAUUUGGUAUGGAAAAUUGCGGAAAAGUCCAACAAAAGCAAUUAUAACGCACCUAAAAAGAAUUAAUUGUCCGAAAAAAAUUUUUCCGGAAAUUUUUUUUGCAAUAGGGGCCCCUAAAAAUUUUUUUGCCCCGGGCCCCCGCCAAGCUCUCGGCGGCCCUGUUCAUCAUUAAUGCUUUAUUAUCCAUACGGCAAAAAAAUUUGUAUAUAGGACACUCGGGCUAUGUUCAUAAAAAACCUGUUUUUCUGUUCUGUGUUAUCAGAAUUUCAAUACAGAGAUUAAUACAUUACAUAUUUCCCCCAUCAGCAGCCGCCACGCCCCUCCUCGUACGAUUAUGGUCAAAGCUUGUUUGCACGAUCAUGGUGUCGUUCAAUUUUAACGAGAAUGUGCUGUCACAGAUUUUGGUCAAAAAACUAAGGGGGUACAUAUAUAAACCAGCUUUCAUCGUAUUGGUUCGACAAAAUUGACAACAAUUCCUACGCUGAUGAUCGCUGAAACUGUUAAGAUUUUAGGAAUUGUACGAUUUGGUUAUGGUUCUUAAUUUGUACUGUAAAUCGUCUUUGUUUAGGUGUUGAAUGAAACAGAAGAACAUCGCCGUAGAUUGUUAAGUACUGUUGCUAAAAGCAUCAAUAACUGGUUUAUCAAGGUAGGUUGUAUACUUUGUAUUGCGACGUACAUGUAUAGAUUAUGGCCAAUGAAAUGUUUUUAUUGCGAUUCUGGUUUUGGUGAAUAAACUGCAAUUAUAGACCCUUCCAAGGUUAAGGACGCCAUCUUGAAUCUACUGUUUUCACCAUUGUGUUUGCACCCCCUGCAAAUUUACCUAUAGGGAAUUCCAUUGUGUUUACACCCCUUGCGACUCUUAUCCAUAGAUAUCUUAUACACACUAGAUAGUGCCUCUAAUUAUUCUGCAAUUCAAAAAUUGAAGCCGUGAUUGCAGACUCAGGAUAUUCCCAUGAAAUGAGAAGAUUCGUAUGUUUUCUAUUUCUUAAACAGGGAACUUAAACAUUAAGUUUCACCUAUUCCAAAUACAUUUUCAAACUAUUCAAAUGAUAAAAGUUAUUGUUGUCUUUUGAGCGUUUAUUAGCGAGUUGGAAACUCCAACAUGGCCGCCAUCUAUUCAAAUGGGGGUAACCGCUGGAAUAUUCUUGGCUUCAAUUUUACUAAAAGAGAUGCGCUAUCUCGUGUAUAUAAGAUAUCUAUGCUCUUAUCCAACGAAAUAUUUCCGAGACGACUUGAUGCUUGUCUUGAAGGAUGCGCAGUGUUUCAACACUAUUUCAGAACCAUCCUCGGAGUAUGAAAAACGUAGUUUCAUAUUAUUCUGCAGAAACUGCAGAGUCAACGAAAAAUUCGUCUCGAACGGGAUUCGAACUCGCAUCAAGGAUGAAUUACGUAACCGCUUAUACCUACAAUAAGAAACGCCAUGAUCUCACUGUUAAAGUUAUCUGGUUUUUACCGAAUAAUGUAGUGUUAUUUUUUACAGUGAGUAUACUGUAAUCGUAAUUUACAGUAUAACGCAUGCACUGUAUUUAAAAAGAAAUCUGUUAUUUGACAUGUGUUUGACAGUAAUCGUUUACAGUGAGUAUUCUGUAAUUGUAAAUUGCUGUAAACGUGACUAUAUUUAAUACUUCUGGAAGCGCGUCGUUUCUCGUGCAAAUAUAUAUUGUGUGUAUGUUUUAUACAGGUGAGGAAAAUUAAAGCGAUCUACCACACAAUGAAUAUGUUCAAUCUGGAUGUGACUCACAAAUGUCUUAUUGCUGAAUGUUGGUGUCCUGUUUCUGAUCUUGAUCAAAUACAAGAUGCUCUUAAACGAGGAACGGUACGUAUUCUUUCAAGCCCGGCGCAAACGAAGAUGAAACUAUUUAAAAUAGCUGCUGGAACACUCACCAAUUACAUUUUUGUUAAUUUUGACCUUGAAAUGUCCAACUCGCAAUCUAGUUUAACUGGGAUAUACUUGUAUUACAUCAAGGGUUGCGUAAAACUCCUUUUUAACCACUAUUUUGUAGUUAAAUAGUAGUCAACUCAAUUCCCCGGAGGGGUAGCUGGCCGGGGUUAGGGUGUGUGGUUAGGAUGCGGGGUUAGCAGGUGGGGUUAGGGGUUGGGGGUUGGGGUUAGGGUUUGAAUUAGGAUUAGCGUUUGGAUUAAUUGUAAAUCCAUUGUAACCAAUACUUUAUUGCAUACAAUGGCAUUACAACGCCAAUAAAUUAUUGGUUACAACGUGCGGAACGGCUGCGUAGGUACGUGAGACUCCUGGUGUCUGCGUACAGUACUUACAUUUUUUGGUGCCAUAAUUAUGAUCUCACCAUGCCCAAGGUACGGCUGACAUGUCUUGGCAUGAAACAUGACUGGAAUGAUGGGACUAUAGGGAAUGUUGGAGUUUAUUCUAGUGCUUGUGUAUGCAAUUGUCGUCCUUCUCGUUCCAACUUGUAGUUUGAGGUUACUGAAUGAAAACCUUUCAGAAACCUGUACUUUAUGUACAUCAUUUCAAAGAGUAAGUACACCUUGAGUCUUACGUUUGUAGCACCAGUCAGGUACGACUAUAAAUCUUGAAUUAUCGCACUCUGGUUUUAACUUGAAAGCAGGCUUAAGGUCGCCACGUAGGUACUUAAGGGACUUUGAAACUUUGCCCAAUUCUCGUUACAAGAUUGGGAUGGCGAACUCUUAUUAAUCUUUCCUGUAGGAGGAAAGUGGGGCUUCAGUGCCGUCAAUUCUUAACCGGAUGACAACAAAAGAAGAUCCACCAACAUUUAAUCGUAAUGAUAAGUUCACUGAGGGCUUUCAGAACUUAAUAGAUGCUUAUGGUGUCGCCAACUACCAAGAGGUCAAUCCAGGUAUGCAAUCCAAUGGUAUAGAUAGUGAGCUCUCUAUAUAUAUAAAGCUCAGUGCUCACUAUCAUUCGGGGCCUAUGAAAAAAGUGAAGCCAAUAUGCCGCAAUAGACCUUAUGCAUAAUGACGUCACAAGGCUUGAUGCCCGCGAGGAAUGCUGGUCUUAAUAGUCAUCGCCCGCGAAAAUUUCGAUAGUGGCCAUUUUGAAUUGUUUAAUUUUCCUGGGCAAUGACUACUAAGACCAGCAAACCUCGCGGCCAUCAAGCCUUGUGACGCUAAACAAGUCAUCAGUUCAACUAGAAAUACAUGUAUGCAACAACACCCCCCUUUAUUUUCCCAUGGAUAAUGAAAUAAAUGGAUAGGAAACUACCUAAUGUUUUCAAUGAGCUGAUGGCGUGAUUGGAUGUUGAAACCUAGUUGCAAACCAAAUUCUCAAAAACGGCAUGUUUAGCAAUAAUACAGCUAAACAUUUUAGUCAAAAAGCAAAUGAAUGUAACUACGCCAUUCUACGAUGAAAUCUCUAAGUAUUUCUAGUCAAUUUUAGCAAAUAUUUCAAGCACUAAACAGUGAAAAAUGCAUCCCAAACUUCGUUAAAAUUGGGGACGCCAAUUUCGUAGCUACAAAUGUAAAAAAAUACAAAACAAAGACGAAAAACAUUUACCUUGAAUACUUUGUCUUGGCUUAGGCAUGUUUUUAAAACAAUUAGACCAGUUUAUGCUUCAAUAUUACUCUUUUAAAACGGAAAGUAUAGCGAAAUAACAAAAAUGCCGAGAACUUUGCAAUACGUGUGACGUCACAGAUUGCAACUAGGUUGUUUUUGCUUACGUCAGCUAGAGUCCUAUCCAUUUAUUUUAUUAUCCAUAAUUUUCCUAAACGUUAUUUUAACAUGAAGUAUUCUAAAUUACGCUAACACUGAAUGUUAGCCAUGGCGACACGAUCAUUGUUUUUUUAAAAAUUUGUCAAUUUUUUGUACAAAACGGCAAAAAAUAAAAGGAAUAAUCAAUGUUUUUAUUCGUGCAAUGGUAAGAAUAUUUUCAUUUGGUGAAAGAUGGAAUGUUUCAUUCAUUCAACGAGGCGACAGCCGAGUUGAAUGGAACAUUCCAUCCUUCACCGAAUGAAAACAUUCUUACCAUUGCACGAAUAAAAACAUUCAUUAUUUGUUUUAUAUAUAAUACCGAAAUAGACUAAUAUUGCUUUUUCAAGAACAGAUUAUUAAAACACCAUUUAAUAAUUAAACACUAUUUAAAGGGCAUAUGACUCGAGAAUUGACUGUGUUAUAUUUUAAUCUAAUUUGAAAGAUAAUUGAAAACUGUAGGGUAACUUCUUUGCCAGAUUUUUGUUUUCUUGCUUCGUUUUGGAGAUAUGUCAUUUUGUAUGAUAUGCAAGGGACCAACUUUCUACGUCACACAUGCAUAAUAACUUUCUUUAAAAUGUUAUAUAAUUUUGUCACUAUCAAAUAAAUUCGCACAAAAUGAAUGAUGAGCACGAGAUUUGUCCACAGAACACCCAUCUAUAGGUUUUCUAAUGAUAUCGUUUAGUCGCAUGAAAGAUAUACAGCUCUUAGAGCUAAAUCAUUAUGCAUAUGUGACGUAGAAGUUGGUCCUUUGCAUAUCAUACAAUAUGAAAUAUCUCCAAAACGAAGCAAGAAAACAAAAAUCUGUCAAAGAAGUUACUCUACAGUUUUCAAUGAUCUUUCCAAUUAGACUAAAAAAUAACACCGUCACUUUUCGAGUCAUAUGCCCUUUAAACAUUUAAGUUAUAAAUACUAAACUUUAAUACGAAUUAUACCAUGCAAUCAACGACUGAUUUAACAAAAAAAUCACUAUCCGAUGGAUAGCGCUAUCCGGCCUUCGUACAACCGGCCCCAGCUCAACAGGAAACUCCCUGUUUUAGGAUAGGCUAGGCAGUUGCGAUAUUGAAAAAAAUCGAUAUAUCGAUAUCGAAAAAAAAUCGAUAAUAUCGACUAUAUCGAAUUAUGCAAAUGAGAAAAAGUAAUUUAGUCAACUUGCAUGUAUACGCAUCCCAAACAGUUAAAAAGAAGUGCAUGAAACGUCAUGGUACGUCUCCAACUCAGCUUUUCAUUUUAAUUACCCACGCACUUGUUAUCAUAAAUUCGCAAUUGCCGCCGUACACACGUUGUCUAAACUUCACCGAUGAAAACAAUAAUUGCAGAAUAAUCUGAGAUUAAGUUAUUUAGUUACAACUUUCGAUAUUUUCGAUAUGCGAAAAAUUGAAUAUCGAAUAUCGAUAUUUUUGAAAUAUGGAUAUUUAUCGAAAAUAUCGAUAUAUCGCAACUGCCUAGGAUAGGCUCAUGUGAACAGGCUCUAAAAUCUACCAAUAUAUUACGGUGUGGUAAAUGAAGAUAUAUUGAGCAGUUACUAUUGUUAUAUCUGUUUCAGCUCUUUUUACCAUCAUAACAUUUCCGUUUCUGUUUGCUGUCAUGUUUGGGGACUGUGGUCAUGGAUUGAUUAUGUUUCUUUUUGCGUAUUGGAUGGUACGGAACGAGAAGAAGCUUGCCAUUACGAAACCCGGUGGUGAGGUAAGUGGCCUAGUUCUUCUACUCAUCCACGUGGACGAGUGGAUGACUUAUGAAAAACGCUGAAUUUGGAAUAAAAAUAGUGUAUUCGCUUAAUAUAUCGCUUACCUUAAGAAAUGUUGAUAAGGCGUAAAAAAAACCCCUUUGGUUCCGGUUUCAUCUCGCGAAAAAAAUUUGGGUCGGUAGGUCGGAAAUAAUUUUUUUUUUGAAUAUUUUUUUCAUGGUUUUUUCAAUAAUUAGUGUGACAACAGACGCCAUUUGGGCAGCAGCCCGCAACCACCCGGAGAAAAUAGGGUCGCACAGUCAAUCGCGUUGAAAAAAUAGUAGGGUCGGCAGAAAAAAUAGGGUCGGUCGGGAACCGGAACCACAGGUAUUUUUUUGUUACGCCUAAUACUUCCUUUUUGAAAUUAGCAGCUUUUUUGUCAAUUUUAACAUCAAAACAUGCUCAGAGAAGUGAUGUUUGCGGUGUUUGAUUCCCACCGUGGUCAGGCAAACAUUAAACAAAAAAUUCUCGGAGAAAUUAAUUUUCUUCUAGUCCAAUUUUCUUCUUCUUUUUCGGUCCAGCACUCUGACCAUGCAACUGAGCUGCAUGAUCCAGUUGUCCAGCUCUAACCACAAGUCAGGGUGUUAGCCAGAAGUAAAAAAAAAUCCGCGUUUACACCUGAAAUUGGGAAAUUUAUUUUAUCCUGAAGCCGGGCAUUUCUUUGUGGGUCUAGGGGCAUGCGGUUUCCCCCUGUCGAUUUUUUAAGUUUUUGUGUCUUUGAUAUGGCAUUUCCCGCAUUUUGGGAGUAAUUUUGAGCAAAUGUAGUUAUAAAAAAUGUUUUUAAUGGCGUAUUAACAACAUUGAAUUUCUAUACCUAUUUUUUGGCUGACCCAAAUUGGGAAAUUGCGACCUCAAGGUAAUUGGGAAAAUCGCGUUUAACGCGGAAUUUUUGACUGUAGCUAACACCCUGCAAGUUCAUGUAUAGAUAGUAAGGUGAUGUCAUUGUAAGGUGUACGGGGAAAUAUCAGGAUUUUGGGCAUCUACACUCGAACUAAUGGGAAAUUCCAGCUGUAGACUAAAUUUUGAUCUAGGCAAGAACAACAAAAUCCAUCACCACAGCUAGAAAGAGCAUGUUAAAAUUAGUAAAAUUGCGAAGUCUUGUAAAAUGAGGAAAAUAUAGCCCUACGAAAUUUGCAAAUUUUGUAUUAAUUUGUUUCACAGGGCUAUAUUUUCCGCAUUUUAAACCAUUUCGCGGCUAAACUUUGCACUUUUAUUAAUUUUAACAUGCCUUUCUAGCUUCUUGCCUUAGUUGCCUAGAUCAAAAUUUAGUCUAUAGCUGGAAUAGACCCAUUGCACUGACGUCACAAAUCCUUAGAGUGUCAUCCAGAUGCUCCCUAACAAUAUCUGUUCGGGUACAACAACCACAUACAGCGCAAAAAUUAACCAUUUUAAUACAAAACAAGACGCUCUGCGGAGCGUUAACUCGCUGGGGCUAUACAAGUCAUACAAAUACGCACAUUACUAAGAGGAAUAGUUGAAUACGAGCGCAAUUUUAAAGGCUUAACACAGUACUAAAAUGCGGUAGGCCCUACAAGUAAAGUUAUAUUUAGUACGCUAUACAUAGCCGCCACUAGUUGGUCCGUACGCUAGGCUGCUCACUGCGCUUUAAAACGUUCAAAAUAAACUAAUUUGGGGGCUAUUGGGCUCAAAAUACUGUCAAAAUGAAGAGAGAAGUAAGACGGAUCCACUGUUAUACGGCCGAAAAAGAGAAAACCAAUGAUACCAAAAUUAUCAACAAUACAAUUUCGCUUGGCUUUCAAAGACAGCCAUAAAUCGGUAGAUUACUGUUGUUUAGUAAUACAUUUGACAUCCGUAUGAGCGAUUUGUUAACAAUACAAUUUCGCUUGUCUUUCAAAGACAAAGACCAUAAAUCGCUAGAAUACUAUUGUUUAGUACAAUUUUUUACCCUGAAUCGAACGGUGAUAUUUUUAUCGUUAUUGCGCCAUGAGGCAUUACAAAUACAAGGACAAAGGUAGUGUGAGUGGCUUGUCAACAAUUUAUUUAAUUUGACCAAUUUUGCUUGAUUUUCAAAGGCCAUAAAUCGCUAGAAUACUGCUGUUUAGUAAUACAUUUGACAUCCGUGAGUACAAUUUCUUACGCUGAAUCGAACGUUGUCGCUUUCUUCUCAAAAUAUAUUAAAACAGCGCAGCCAAACGUAUAAACUUGCGAUUUGCGAAAGUUGCUGUUUUCGUGCGAAAUUCCUUGUAAAAUUGUUCAAUUUUCCCAAAUUUUCCUCAAAAUGCAGGGUUAUUUAUGGAUAAUUUGGGUAAAAUUGGCAAGAGUCUUAUGGAUAAUUGGGGGGAAAAUUAGGCAGCUCAUUAAUAUUCAAUUUUGUGGCUAUCGACGAUUGGAGAUCCACUAUCCACUAUCCGAGAUCCGUGACAAAUGCAUGCCGAAACCUAUACUCGUCUGGGGCACAGAGUGCCCCAGCGAGUAAUUAUUAUAAAGUUUUACAAAAUUUGCAUUGUUUACAAAAGUUAUAUUAUACAUAGAUUGCUAAUUUGUCCUCCAGAUGCAUCGUCACCGGCGCUGUGACGUCAUGUGCAAUGGGUCUAUUGCAUGUCUAUUGUAGAAGAGUUUUGUAGAUGGAAUUUUAGAGUGUGAAUUUUAUACAUGGAGCAGUUGCGAAGAAUGUUUAGUAUAUAUUUAGUAUACUGUAUGUCUCAUGCUCUACUAUAUUUUUUAGAUAUUUGAGAGUGUGUUCGCUGGUCGUUAUAUUGUAUUGUUGAUGGGUGCGUUUGCCAUAUAUACUGGCUUGAUCUACAAUGAUUGCUUCUCGAAAUCAUUCAACAUUUUUGGCAGUGCAUGGCAUAUACCCAAAAAUCAAACGUAAGUUAAAAUUUUUUCUUUGCUUUAUUUGCGUCGAUGAAAUUUUCAAAAAGUCGAAAUAUAGGAAAUAUUACACGGUUUGAGAAGUAUGAAUGAAAAAUCGCACAUGUAACAUGUAUUUGACGUAUAAUCGCACAUGUAACAAAUAUUUCUGACUAAAGUGCAAUUUCCGACUUUAUCCAGGCGCGAUUUUUUAGUUUUUGAAAGUUAAUAAAACAGCCAAAGAGGCAAAGAGAGCAAAUUUUGAAAGAUAUGUUGACCAAAUAACUCAAAAUGUUAUAGGCGUCUAAAUAUUUGGAAAAUUCAAACUAUAGGGCAAAAAAAAAAUAUGUGGGUUUCCGGUUUCCCGACCCUACCUAGCUUUUGGACGUCGAAAUCCCGACCCUAAACUUUUUUAUUGGAUCAUGCUUGUAAGUGUUUCCACUUAGAGGAAAAAGUUUGUGGAAAAUUGAAAUUUGAGGCAAUAUUAGGGAAAUUUAUCUUUGGAUGUGGAAGCACUGACUAAACAAAAUGGCGUCCGCUUGUUCGGAAAGUUAAAAAAAAAAGUUUAAAAAAAAAAGUUAAAACCGACCUACCCUACCUAAGUUUUUAUAAGAAGAAACCGGAAACCCACAUAUUUUUUUUUGGCCUAGGAUCGAAGUUAUCGGUCAGUGAAAAUCGAAAAAUCGCGUCGAAAAAUCGCGUCUGGUGUGUCUGGACUUUAUAGCCAACGCAUGGGAAAAUCAUGCAGUAUUUUAUCACACCCAGGAUCUCAGUGUUUUAUACGUAAGGGAGGUUUUCAAGUAUAGUUCAAACACAACGCUUUAAUCCCGAAGCCAACGGUGUUCCAGGUGUAAGCCCGAAGCGAGGGUACUAAUUCCGCCCGGCUGUUUGCACCCGGGGAAAGGAAAGCAUUAGCAAAGUCUAAAGUCGUGUCAUGGGUGUAUGGGUGGACCUCUUCACUGAUCUCAAAAAUAUGGCUGCUUACCAGGAGUCAGAUAAGUAAGAUUUCAACUUUCGGAAACAUGUAUUUGGAAAAUUGUUUAAUAUACAACGAGCUUUGAAGAAUGUUUUGUUUGAAGAAAUGAGAAGAAUUGAUUUACUAUGGUUGAAUGUUUACUGUUUAUGAAUUUUGUUGCUUCAAUUGUCACAUAGAAUUUGCACUGUUUUUUUUAAGCUGUACGUUUUCUAAAUUAAUUACCCUGUUUAAUUUAAGAAAACAACUUAAAAUGUAAAAGGGAGCAAAUUAAUUUGAAAACCGAACUGAAAGUACUCAACAGUUUGAUUAAGUAAAAACAGUUUAUCUGCAUUUCAAAACAUUUUAGGAAACGUUUCAGAUUAAAUUUUAUAUUACAGUAAAUCAAAGCUCACUAAAUGCAAGAUAACAUACUUGCAAUAUAUAUUUCGGAAAAUGUAUGGUUAAUCUUUCAACUAUUUUACCAUUUUGUACAAAAAACAUAAAAAAUUAAGAAUUUUAAAAAAAAAUCGUGUUGUCAUGGGAACACGUGACUCCACAACGCGAACCUGUGCUCAGUGUUGGUCAAUUACGAAUACUUCAUGUUAAAUCAAUGUUUGGAAAAUUUAGCGAGGGGUUGCUGCAUACAUGUAUUUCUAGUUUAAGAUUCAUGUUGUGGAUUCAUGUUGGGUUUAGGGUAUUAGGUUCAGGGUAACAUUUGGGAUUGUUAUAAAUGCAUGGUUAUCGAUUCUUUGGCGCUUGAACGAUCUUGAAAAGUAGCCGCCAUCUUGAAAACCUCAUCCGUCACCUAUAUAGCAACCUGUAGCAACAUUACUUACCAAGUGCCGUCACCUUUGCCACUCUGUGUAUACAAUAAUAAUACUUAUUGACUGGGACUUUCAGAAAACAGUUGUGGACCCUCAACUGCUAAUUCAUGUUUCUCUCAUGGUCUUGAAAGUCCUUGAAUCGAAUUCCUGACCUGUAUGAACACUGGCCUGUGAUGCUCGCCGACUGUUAUAAUCAAUAUCGGCGAGUGUCGCCAACUAAUGAAAACCAGCCUCUAUAUGCCAUUGGCUGAUAGCAUUGUAAAUUUUGUUGAUAUCUUUUUUCAUUGUUUUCACUCCACUCUGCGUAUACAAUAAUAAUAACUUACUGACUGAGAGUGAAGGCAGUACGGGAAAAUAUCCAACCGAGGUCUUGCUGUAGCGAUAGCGAGGUCAAUACAGCAAGACCGAGGUUGGAUAUUUUCCCGUACUGCCCGAACGGUUGAGGUCAGUAAGUUUUUUAUUAUACGGCAUUGUACGUUUGUAAAAAAUGGGGAAAAAGGUCACGCGAGGGCAAAGUACAAAGUCCGAAACAUUUGCAAAAAAGAACAAUUGUAAAAAAUGUUCUCAAGCUUGGUUAGUAAAACUACUCCACAGCACUUUUUAUAUAGAAUACUAACACAGUUUGGAUAGUAUUUCAAGAAAAAUACAAGGUAUUUCGUCAUUUAAUCAAAGACAAAGACAACAAAUAUGGAAACAAUAAAAUUAAUAAACAGUAUGGACAAGUACGUUUUUAGUUCGCUUCAUCUCAUAAAUAUAUCUCUUUUUAUCGAAAAAACCCAGAAAUUUUCAGGGAAAAAUAUAAGUCUGUGGCUGCUUUAGUUGUAUUUUUUAUUUAUGAUGGUGUCAAAUUCCUCGGCUAUCUGCAAAUAAGAUUUGCAGCUGUUCACAAAGUCAAAACACAGCUAUUCCUGACUUCUUUAAUAGUUAUAAACAUUGUAAAAUUUACCUUGUAAUUUCGACUUUCGUUAACAAAAACAUAUUGAGAAAGUUCUUUAACCGAAGAAGGUGCUCCCUUUCUAGUUUAGGUUUAUUUUUCUUCGUUUUGAAUAGUUUUGAAAGACUUUUAGACACUUUUUGCCGUUUGAAACUCGGCUCUUGUCGCAGGGCAAAAAAAUUGCGUAUUGCCCGUGGGCAGUACGGGAAAUUCCUGCCUCGUCAAGCAGCCAAUCAAAUUGCGCGAUUCAUCAAAACAAAUGCUUGCCAUAUAAUAAUAAUACUUAUUGACUGGGAUUUUCAGAAAACAGUUGUGGACCCUCAACUGCUAAUUAAUGUUUCUCUCAUGGUCUUGAAAGUCCUUGAAUCGAAUUCCUGACCUGUAUGAACACUGGCCUGUGAUGCUCGCCGACUGUCAUAAUCAAUAUCGGCGAGCGUCGCCAACUAAUGAAAACCAGCCUCUAUAUGACAUUGGCUGAUAGCAUUGUAAAUUUUGUUGAUAUCUUUUUCAUUGUUUUCACUCCACUCUGCGCAUACAAUAAUAAUACUUAUUGACUGUGACUUUCGGAAAACAGUUGUGGAUUCUCGACUGCCAAUUAAUGUUUCUCUCGGUCCCAGUCAAUAUGUGUUAAAUGUUACACCUCAAAUUCAAAGUGUCCAAUCAGAAAGCUAAGCAGUAAUUCGGCGUAAUAUUUCCCUCAGUGAUGAUAUUUCCCUCGGGGCAAAUCCCCACGGGAAAUAUCACUUCAGGUGAUAUUUCGCCGAAUCCCCCAAGCGGAGGGUCUGUAAAUGAUAAAAGUAACAUUUGAUGUAAUUUUUCACAGUUUUCCGAAAGGUGUCAGUACUACGAUGCUGAUACCAGCAGAAUCCAGUCCAGAGUACUAUCGUGGAAUACCUUAUUACUUUGGAAUUGAUCCGGUAUGUUGAAGAUGUUUUAUUUAUAUGCUAUAAAUGUUGUAACUUUUAUGAUGUGCGCGUUAUGUCAAUUUUUAAAACGAUCAUGAUUCUGGAAGGAAUUACGUCAAUAUAUAUUAAUGGACCUUUCCCCUUAUAACUAAAAUUUUGAUCUAGACAAAAAUUUCAUCACAGCUUGAAAGAGCAUCACAAAAUUAGUAAUAUUCCAAAGUUUCGUUGCGAAAUGUUGUAAAAUGCGGAUAAUAUAGCCUUGCGAGGUUUGCCGUUUUUCAGUCAUUUUGUAUUACGCAUGGGAAAUUGACAGCCCAAUCGGGUGUUGGGGCAUCAAUUUCCCGUUUGUAAUACAAAAUGACUGAAAAUUGAAAAUUUCGCAGGGCUAUAUUAUCCGCAUUUUACAACAUUUCGCAACGAAACUUCGGAAUAUUACUAAUUUUGUGAUGCUCUUUCAAGCUGUGAUGAAAUUUUUGUCUAGACUUGUCCAGAUCAAAAUUUUAGUUAUAAGGGGAAAGGUCCAUUACAACCUCGCAAGCAAGGGCAUUAAUGAGACAGAUUUAGAAAAAGACGACGAGGGAAACACAACGACGUGGUCCCAAUUUCACAGGGUGUCCACGUGCCUUGAAAAUCCUGGAAAGUCCUUGAAUUGGAAAAAUAUUCCAGGACUUGGAAGUCCUUGAAAAUCAGUGGAAGUCCCUGAAAGUCCUGGAAUUCAUUUCCUUAAAAUUGGUGAUUUUGAUUAAAAUUACUGAAUAAAGUGAAUUAUUUGCUGGGCAAAUCCGUGCCAUUUUCAAAGAUUGUGAACACGUUGUGAAGCACAUGUCUAACUGAAAAAUGAGUGAUGAUUCUUGCCGAUGAUUAUCGUAUUGUAAAAGAACAAUUAUACAAACAUGCAACCGUCAGGUCGAGCGUUAAGGCUGCAUUCCAGUUACGCGUUUUUCAUACGUGCGUACACGCACGUAAAAGUUGAAUUCGCUUAAAAUUUGAUAUAAGUGCAAAUAACCUUAACAAGUACACAUUAAAUCAUACACAAAACUGAAUGCUGUCCUUUUAUAAAUUUAAUUAUUUCAUAAGUAGGAUGUAAAGCGAAUUCAACUUUUACGUGCGGUAACUGGAAUGCAGCCUUAACUCUGCUUUGAAAAUCACGUAGGCUCCGCUCGCGUAAAACUGCGACACUGUAGAAGCCCAAACAAAACUGUUUGAGAACCAUUUCCAUCAUUUAAAAACUAAUUUCUGUGGUUACUGUAAAACACGCAAAGCAUCCAGAUCGGAAUAGUGCAUGGCGAAAAGGAUCCCAGUGAUAUGUGUAUAGUUAAAUUCCAGUGGCGAAGCAAGCCCGACAAUUUGGUCAUGCUAUGCAAAUAUCCUGUUCAUACACCAUGAAAACAAUCAAUUUGUAAAGAAAUGAAUAAUGAUAAUGAUUUAAAAUUUGCAUAGCAUGACCAAAUUGUCGGACUGGGUUCGCCACCGUAAUAAAUUCUUUAUGCCUGCCAUUGCAGUGAAGUUCCUAACUGCUCUCGUUAUGGGUAGGUACAUGACAAAGAGCAACUACGGUCUUACACGGUGUGAUCAUUUUACAUUCUUAGAUAUGGCAAAUAGCAGAGAACAAGAUCAGUUUCACGAACUCCAUGAAAAUGAAGAUGUCUGUUAUUCUUGGUGUCGCUCAUAUGCUGUUUGGAAUAUGUCUGAGUUGUGCCAACUACAAGUAAUUCUAUACGCUAAGUUUGAUAACUUUGAUAUAUAGUAUAAUAGCAUAGUUGCCCGGG